AUGGAUAUCUCCAAGAACGAAUCCGUUCGCGAGUUCGAACGGAUGGACACGUUGGAGAAGUACAUCGAAAACGACCGAGAUGAUUCCGACUCGAUUCGAUCCGAGGCCCUUGGAGAUGAUCUUCCUCCCGGCUACUUCUGGUCACCUCGAUUUCUCGGUGCCAUGGCGGGUUUCUGUCUGUCGGCGUUAUCGGCAUACAUCUUCUUGAUUCUCCCGACAAACGUCUUGACGUUCAUCAAUGCCGAUAUUGGUCCGAGUCCGUACAUCUCCUGGGUCAACAUCGCGAGAACGCUCUCGUUAUCCUUCACUUACACCAUCCUGGGUCGCCUCUCCGAUCUCUUUGGCAGGCGUUGGUUCUUCAUCGGCGGCAACGUCGUAGCUAUUGUCGGUAUUAUCAUCUGUGCCGUCGCGCAGAAUGUCAACACCCUCAUCAUCGGUGCUGCCGUGUAUGGUCUGGGUGAAACCGUACAGCUGAGUUUCAACGUCGCUGUUGGAGAACUGGUUCCCAACAAGUAUCGGCCUAUGGUUCUCUCCUGCAUCUUUGCGACAAACGCGCCCAUUGCAACUUUCGGUCCUAUUAUCGCUCGCAAGUUCGUCGAGAACCCCAAGCUUAGUUGGAGAUGGUGCUUCUACAUCAACAUCAUCGCCGUGGGUCUCGCCAUUGUCCUUCUCUACCUGUUCUAUCACCCGCCUACCUUCGAACUUCUUCAUGAUCGAAAGACAAAGAGGCAGCUCCUGAAGGAACUUGACUAUCUCGGCAUUUUCCUGUGGACAGCUGGUCUCACCCUUCUUCUCAUGGGCGUCUCAUGGGGCGGUGUCAUGUUCCCCUGGGAAUCUGCGGCAACCAUCUCGAGUUUGGUCAUCGGUACUAGUCUUCUAGUUGCGCUUUUCUGUUGGGAAUCCUUUGCCAACCUCACGUAUCCCGCUAUCCCCGUAAAGUUCUUCGCCAACCGUGGUUUCAUGGCCCUCGUCUGCUGCGCAACAGUCGCCAGUAUGUUCUACUACUCUGCCGUUCUUCUGUGGCCACAACAAGUCCAGGCUUUGUACACGACCGACAUAAACUACGGCGGAUGGCUCUCCUCCACCGUCGCAAGCUCAACAGCACUGGGCCAGGUUUGCGCCGGAGCGAUUGUCAAGUGGGGAGGAAACGUGCGGUACUGGAUCAUCUUCUCGACCUUCGCCAUGGUUGGCUUCGUCGGCGCACUCGCGUCUUUGACUCCUGAUACUCUGAACACGGGCAUCGCUUUAACGAUUCUGGGACCUUUCUUCGUCGGUUUCAUCGAACUCGCGUCUCUUGCUCUGGCGCCUCUCUUCUGCAAGCCUUCAGAUAUUGGUCUCGCUUCUGGUCUCCUGGCGUCCAUUCGUUCCGCGGGAGGCUCCAUUGCCGUUGCCGUCUACACCUCCAUCCUGUCAAACCGCCUUGCUACCGAGAUUCCCAAAGCCAUUACUCAACCUGCCAUUGCCGCUGGGUUAGCUGCGAACCAGGUUCCAGCUCUCGCAAAGGCGAUCCAGGGAAACAAGCUGAAGACGUUCCCUGGUCUGAGCAGUGCUGUGAAGGAAGCCGUUUCCAAGGUCUUGCCUAUUGCCUACUCCAAGUCGUUCGAAACGGUUUACCUUGCGAGUUUAGGAUUCGGUGCAAUCGCCAUUAUCGGAUGUCUUUUCUCGAUGGACGCGCAGAAGCAUUUGACCAACAAGGUCGAGCGACGCAUGAGGUGA